UGAGACUGCCCCCUGCUGUUAGCUCCUAUGUCGUUGGCAGAAAGCAGACGGAGCAACUUGAAGUUAGCUUUCCAUGCAAACUGACAAAAGUAGUCCCGGGACACUAACUGCUAGUUUUUACACACUUCGAUGGACACUGUUCAGAAAGCGAUGGCUGGAUUUUCUCUGGGCCUUGGACCGCUGAAGGAACCUUUGGGAUUUAUUCGUGUCCUCGAAUGGGUCUUUUCAAUCUUUGCCUUUGCCACCAUCGGAGGUUACACUGGGACAACCCACUUCACAGUCAGCUGUCCAGAAGCAGACCAACCUGUAGAGGCGUACUUUGCCUACCCGUUCAGGUUGGCAAUGAAACCGUAUUGUCCACCACUGUGUAACGGCUCUUUGUGCACUGAGACCUAUCUGCAGGGCGACUUCUCCUCUUCAGCACAGUUCUUUGUGUGUGUUGGUGUGUUUGCCUUCCUUUAUUGCACCGCCACACUCAUAGUCUACCUGGGCUACUGGACCGUCUACCUGCAGACCAGCCGCGGUCCCGUCAUAGACCUGCUGCUGACCGCUGCCUUUGCCUUCCUCUGGCUCGUGUCCUCCUCGGCCUGGGGCAAAGGCCUGACCGACGUUAAAUAUGCCACUGACCCCAACCGCCUCGUGCAGUUGUGCACCAGCUGUACAGCAGGAGAGUUUCCUUCCAUGGGCAGGCUCAACGCCUCUGUGAUUUUUGGCUUUUUGAACCUGAUCCUGUGGGCAGGUAACUGCUGGUUCAUUUACAAGGAGACUCCGUUCCACAAGGUUCCUGCCCCACCCGCCACCAUGGAGGAAGGCGGAGCCCCGGGACCCUAAUCAUGUAGUUAGGGUCCCCCAGCACAGCCAUGCACCCUUAAAGAAAAGCUUGAUGUCCCACACUGAUGUAGAGAAAUCCCCCCAGUGACACACUGGUCUUUAGCAGCCCCCCUUCAGCUCUGUUCCUUUAACGUGUCAAACCCUCAGCUCACAUUCACAGGUGGGAGCUCCCAGCAGGGCCCUCAAAGAGCAGUCGUGGCCCAGAGGUCACAACAUUUGUUCUGGCUCUGGAGCUUCAGCACUCCAUCUCCUGUUGGCAUGCUGCUUGACUCUAACAGUCACACUACAGUCUGCUGUGUUUGAAACACUUGUAUGUUUUUAACGUGUCUUCAGAUUGUGAAGGCUUGUGUCACUACAGGCUGGUUACACACUGACUCCAGGAGCUUUUCAGGACACACUGUGUUUACUUCCUGUUUGAUUGCAGUACUAUUAUAGUACACUGUACUUUAAAUGUCUCCAUGUAACACUAGUAACAUUAUUUCUGUUUGACUCUGAUUUUUCCCCCGUUUCAUUGUGCAGCAGCAGUGUCAUUAGAGCGCACUGAUUAGACUGUUUGUGUUGUUGAUGCUGGAAUUUGUGUUUGUGCAAAAGGAGAAAAAGCCGUGACUGAAACAUGUUCUGUCUCAUUCAUUCGUAUCAUUGGGGUGAGCUCAUGUUAGUGAAACACUGGAACCACAUAUCUUAUUAACUUAUUUCAUUAAAACAUCCUUUCAUAUCAAACAGUGUGGGAAGAGUAGCUGUCAAACAGCUAACAGAUCAUCUGCUUAUUUGAAGAGUUUCAGUCAGGUUUCAGAGCUCAUCACAGCACAGAAACAGCUUUAGUGAAGGUUACAAAUGAUCUUCUUAUGGCCUCUGACAGUGGACUCAUCUCUGUGCUUGUCCUGCUAGACCUCAGUGCAGCGUUCCAUACUGUCCACCAUAAUAUCCUAUUAUUAUUCCUGACAAUGGGAGUCCUGGUCACACACUGAGGUGCACUGCUGGGACCAGUUCUUGUUCCCUGUGGCAGCAUCAGCUCACUCAGAGACAUCCAUUCAUUCAUCCUCUUCCUCUUCUUCUUAUCUGGGUCAUGGAGGGUGAAGCCUCUGAGCUACCACAGGGCGAGAGGCCCAUGGACUGAUUGCAAAUAUGACGCAGGGUUAACACACAGAGACAGAAGACAUUUGCAACCUAACCCCACUAACUCCACCUGACUGUGGAAGGAAGGUGCAGUACCUGGUAAUAACCCACACAAACACAGUGAGAACAUGAAGUCCACACACACUGGCCUUGGUGGGUGGUGGAGUCAAGCUGGAACAGUGCUGAGCAGCACGCUGCACGUUUGAAGGCGUAGCGUACGGUUUCAUUCCUGUGCAGAUGAUACCCAGCUUUAUAUACCUGUGAGGUCAGAUAACACACCAGUCAGGCAGACCUGGAUGGACUCUAACUUUCUGCUUCUAAAUUCAGAUCAAACUGAGGUUUUUGGACUCGGCCCUGCGAAUCUUAGAAACAUGGUACCUGUCAGAUGCUCACUCUGGCCUCCAGCAGUGAUGGUCAAAUCAGGCUUUCAUGUAAAAAGGUUGAUUACUCAGCACAGUCCUGUUUGGCGCCAUCUGAUGGACAGAAUCUGAAGAGCAGGUUGAAUCUAAGCUUGAAACAAACUCCUUCAUCAGCUCUGCACUCAGAGCUACACUGACAGCUUCUCUGUAACGUGUGACAGCAUUUCUCCCUGAUGCUGAGCUGCUGCUUGUGUCUGUUUGAUGAAUAAACAUGUGCAGCGCUCUCUG